GGCCGCGAUUGUGUGUCCCUGCGCCACGUAUAAUUCAGCUUCGCCCGCGAGCUAAGUCUUUUCCUUGACUGUGCUUCUAAACUCAGAGCCCAUGCUAACAUCGGUGUUUUUCAGUGCUUCUGACUGACUCGCAUCGGCGAACUCAAAUCUUGCAAUUGGCGGCAAUUUCGGCAGGCAGCCCUGUCUUCCAUUCCUCGUUAAAGAAACCUGCGAAUUUACCGACAGACGUGACACUUCUGGAUAACAUCUCGCCCUAGGUCAUCUGGACACGACUGCUUCAGGGAGGGGUCAAUGAAGAAGGGCUGCACAUCGCAUGACGCGUGGCCGCCAUCUACUGCCUAUAGCAGCAAGAAUGAAUCCGCCCUCAUUCUGCACUGACAACAGCAGCGCGCAGCUCAGAAUGUAUGCCCAUGGAUGAACAAAACUUCUGAUAAUUUGCAGAGAAUCCUGGCGAUCCUUGACGCUGAAUUCCUUACGGUCAUCUGACAAUGAUCACUGCAAGUCUCUGCGGCGCACCAAAGUGUAUGCGAGCAUCGUGAAAUGUCUGUCGUCAAUUCCUUGGCUGCCCAAGAAUUGGCCCACCUGUGCUUUUUUUUCCAUUCGGUGAAAGCGACGCCGCACAGCCCACGGAAUACUCUAUGCGACCUUGCAGGAUGCCGUGCACUGAUGUCUACGGAAUCUGCAACUCACGCGAGGCUCUGCGGUCUGACGUCUUGGGACUUCUCAAGAAGACGCCUCUCACUGUCUCAAUUGUCAGCGCAGUAUGUCGAGGCCUGAUCUCUCGACGAGGAGAUCAGGCCUGGAGAUCACAGACGCUCCCUGUUGCUUUAAACUUUGCAUGCCACGUCUUGAUGCUUUUAACGUCUGGUUUACACUGGGACCUUGUCUGAUCCAGGAGCUUUUCUGUGCGUCACGCUCAGUUGCUCUGGAGGAUUCUCUCUCAACUUCCUGUGAGAUGGACGACGACUCUGACGGACGAGCACAGGUCAUGGAUGGCUCCAGCAGAGCAGCGGAGGUGAUGGAUGAACCAAAUGAGCGAGCACUAGUGAAGGGAGAACCAACGGAACAAGCACAAGUGCCGGGCGACUCAAGCAGACAAGGGGAGAUGACGGGAGACUCCAUCAAAAAGGCGCCUUUGGCGAAUCACAACUCCUAUUCUGGAGGAAGUGAACCUUUCGCGUUCUGGCGCCACGUUCCGCCACCGACGCUCUACUUCAUGCCGACAUAUGGACCGUAUAGCUACUACGGUGGCGUAACACCGCCACCAUAUGGCGUUUUUCCGCCACUGUGGAAUGGGACUCGCUCCGAUAUUUGGUCAGCGGAUACUCGCCAAGCUGCCGUAGACGUUCAGCUUACCCCUCCCACUGAGGAAGUAAAUUAUCCGAAACAACACAUCCACCAUUUUGGAACCGAGGCCCACUACUCCACGCCGAUGGAAAUCUCGCCCUGUGCGAGUCCCUUAGAACCGUCGACGACUGCACCGACAGAGCGCGAGGCUCCAGCACCUGCUGUGAAAGCCGAGAGCGCAACGGGCUUCGCUUGUGAAGUCAACAGGAAUCAAGCGGUGAAAACCCCUAGCCUCGAAAAGCGGACACCAAUGCCUCGUGCACUGAAGCCAGUUAGGUACCAUCACGCUGAUCCUGGCACAGCCGAGUCGUCGCCGCUGUCGCUGUUGAAAAGGUGCAAGUCUUGCAUAAGUAAAAUGGCGCGAGCCAACCGUCAGAGUGCUACUUACGCAGCCGAAGAAUGCACUUGCACGCAGAAAUUUGUCCCUGCCAAAGUCCAGGGUGAAAAUACUGCAAGUACCGCGAAAACAGAAACAGGUCUCGAAGAACUUGGACCACUGACUGCGAAUGCAAAAUCUAGAGCUGUGCGACAGUACUCUGUGGUGACUGGUGCAGAUAGGCCAGCUGGCAGUGGUGAACCCAGCAUUGCUUCUAUGAAGUGGAGGCAGAGCGCUGAUUGCAUUUCCGGGUCUGCUGCCAAGCUUAAUGACGAGACGCGAUCUUCGAGUGCCCUUUGUACAGACUCCGGACCUGUUCAAUCUGCUGUCCAUUUCAUCCCGGUUGUUGAGGGGCGAAGAAAAGAACAGAACUCCUGGCAUCAUCAUCCAGCAACAUCGCGUAACGCUCCCAUUGAGAAUUGCCUUGGGACGAACAAUGGUGAAACGUUCUCGCACCACUCGCACCGCCACAUUUCUGCCGAGUACUUUGUGAACCGAUUUGUUGAAGAAAUUCGUGCUGCGAGUGAACAGAAAAGUUGCGCUAGUGAUCCUCGGGUAACAGUCAAAAUAGCCGGCGCGUACUUUCCUGGUCCAAAGGUCGACAAUUUACAAACAGCUGUCAUUGAUAUAAAGAUGGACCCUUUGUUGGGCGCCUGUGUAGAGCACGCAGAAGGACCAUUUCUGCUUCCGUCAGAACUUGAGCAAGACGACGAAGGUUGGUUGUGGACCUUCGAGUGACACUCUGUGUAGCGACAAAUGUUGUCGUAAGGGACUUUUAUCGUGGUUUCAAUGGGAAGAACCACGUACGUGUUAUGAGAAUGUGUUUUGUCUUCGCCGUUUGAGUGACGUUGUUAGCGUUGUAGCCGUGCUAACAUGAAUGUUAUUGUAGCUCAGGUGAGGUGAGUGUCGAACGCCUUUCUCAUUCUUAGCUGUGGCCCUGUGACAGGUAAGUGCUGUUAAAUUCACGCUGACGCCAUCUUCACGCCCUGACGAACUAUUUCAGGCUUCGCACUGUAUUUCGUUCAAAAGCGAAGUUAGAGCCACACAAGUUCCGAUACUGACUGUUUUCGAGAAGCAAUAUAACAGACUUGUCGGGAAGCCUGCGGGGCAGAGAUAUAACAUUUCAAUGCUAUAGCAUAAAUGUAGUUAGUUUGAUACUUCAAUAUCUACACCUUUCUAUUUAAAGUGAUGGCUUGUGGUUGCAAUGCCGGCAUUCGCUUGUGUGUAUAACUUCUGUCUGUGUUAUUAGGUGCAGUCAUCGGAAGCUGUUAAAGGCGAGAACGCAUGACUUUUUUAAUGAAUUCUACAGCGAAUAUUUUCUUCCUCUUGAAAUGCAUAUAACAAUGGAAUGUGAUAGACCAAACUUAUGUAUAAUGCUAGGCCAACCUUGGUUAAUAUCGCAUUGCUUAUCCCGUGCCGUUUCUUUACUAUGGCUACUGCUAUUUGUAGUCCAGUUUCGUGAAUCAAAGCUCGGGCUUUUACUGCAUGGGUGACAUUUGGGUAAACCGUCAAGCUAAUUUAAGAACUGAUACAUAUCCCACAAUUGUGCCCGAAAACUUCACGAGAAGACUGCAAAACAGCUAGCAUGGUGAAUAAAUUUUAAGCAGAGCGGUAAGACUCGUUUGACGUAAAAGUUUCACGAUAAUAGAUUUCAUCGUAGACCUCAGCCUAAAUUUUAAGCAAUAGAACUGUUUCCCUAUUUAAAGAUUGCUCUAACAGCUUUCAGAUACUAAAGUUAUUAAGCUACAAAUCGGGUGAAUAGAAAGCUUAAAUAACUUCGUCUUUGUAAAAGAAAAAACUUCGUCAUUGUAAAAAAAAAAAACGUCGAGCUUGGCCACAUUUUGAACUCAUUAUGAUCAUAAUGAGUUCAAAAUUUGCCAUGUUCUAAAGGUAUCUAGAUGAAAGCUGAAAUUUCUCGAAGUAGCUAGCUUUGAAUCUUGUGAAAUGAGGUAAUAUUGCUACUCCUAACUAAAUAACGUUUCUGUUAUGUUGGUGAGACCAAAAGUAGCCAGCUUGGUUGGCUCACUCACAGCACUGUGGCUCUUUACGGCAUGCCGCAAACGGCAAGAAAUACAUGCACAAGUAAAUGUUUUUUUCAUCGAUACUUCGGAAUGCUUUACUGUAACAACAAAAGUAAUAAAACAAAUGUUAGAAUAAUAAAAUUGCCGCAGUAAUAAUGAUCCAAGAACAUAGUUCUGGAGGGCAACGGCGAUAAUCGCUGAAAACGACAGUUUCGAGCCACAGGCGCCCAUAUAUAUUUAGCAGCUAUAUAGCUGUAUGAUGGUACAUGUGAAUACGCCACACAUGUACAGCGCAAGCCUCUGCAAUAUGGUGCACUGAAAAUAACGCAAAUGAAACUCGCUACGACAAGAACGUAGUCGAAAUAGCAACAAAUACAUGUUAAUUGUCAAAUUUGAGCUGGUAUGCCUACAUUUAGUACAUUACCACAAAGCAUGCAAAGAAACUGUUAUCUCAAACAGCACUUAAAGCUUGAAAACGCAAAUACCAGACUUCGCGCAUACAAUUCUGUUAUCAGGCCCUCUUUAAAAUAUUCGUCCAUAAGUUGACACUCCCAUCACACUAAUGUUUCUAAUCUGCUCGAAUUAGUCUAAAAUAAAGUUGCGUGGUUCACCUUACCUUCAUACUCUCGCUAUCAAAGUGUGUCCGCCUUAAAUAAAUUCUCAAUCUUUCUUCUCUUGAUAUACGCAGGAAAUUAACCCGGGCGUCGUUCUUCCAUAGCCUUUGUCACAGUACUAUACCAUUCAUUCGAGCCCACCCUGUUCCGGCCCCUCGCAUCUCGACUCCUGCAUAGCACAUUCAUAAACAAAAUCCUAUGUUUGCCCAAACUAACGCAUAUAAAAAUUCGCCUCUAGUUUUGUCUAUUGCCGAAUGGAACUCUUUACCUUCCAGCGUUGUAUCGCUUACGAGCUCGUCAUUGCAAGCAGCACUAUUAACCUUCUUAGAGUGAAUCAACGUGUCCUGACCUGUGUGUACACUUGAAUAUUUACUUCAACAGUGUUUUCAACUGCUUAACGCUGUAACAUUUUUGCCUUGCUAUGCUGCUUCAUCUAGCUUGUAUUUUUGUAGUUUAUCUGUUUUAUUCGAUUGUACUGUUAAACUUGUUUUCUGAUGGGGAUUGGUCGUGACCAUCGCGUGACAAACGUGAGCUACGUUUUCAUUUCUCGCUCUACUAUAAUGUAUAAAAUCCAGUUCCUUUUCUUGUGCCUCAA